AGGCGACGGCUGCAGUGCAGCGCGCGCGGUCGCUCCCGGGCCGCCGUCCGGCCUGGGCUGCUCGGUCCGAGUUUCUGAUCUCCCGCGAGCCGGCCCCGGAGCUGGAGCCCCAGCGGCAGCGCGGCGCCGCCCGCAGCGACCUCACUUGUACGCGCGGAAGGAUCCCAGACAUUUCACUAAGAUGAGCGUGCUUAGCGGGAAGAGAUGCGUUCCGUUCACUAGAAAUUACCCCGUCACAUGUAGUGGUGUCCCAAUUAAUGGAUUCUGACAUGGAUUAUGAAAGGCCAAACGUAGAGACCAUCAAAUGCGUUGUGGUGGGGGACAACGCUGUGGGCAAGACCAGGCUCAUCUGUGCCCGUGCCUGCAAUGCCACCCUCACCCAGUACCAGCUGCUUGCCACCCACGUGCCCACAGUGUGGGCCAUCGACCAGUACCGCGUGUGCCAGGAGGUGCUGGAACGCUCCCGAGACGUUGUAGAUGAUGUCAGCGUCUCCCUGCGCCUCUGGGACACUUUUGGAGACCAUCACAAAGACCGUCGCUUUGCUUAUGGGAGGUCCGAUGUGGUAGUUCUGUGCUUCUCCAUUGCCAACCCCAAUUCCCUCCACCAUGUCAAGACCAUGUGGUACCCAGAGAUCAAGCACUUCUGUCCCCGAGCACCUGUCAUCUUGGUGGGCUGCCAGCUGGACCUGCGCUACGCCGACCUGGAGGCUGUCAACAGAGCCAGGCGCCCCUUGGCUAGGCCUAUCAAGCCCAAUGAGAUCCUUCCCCCAGAGAAGGGUCGGGAGGUGGCCAAGGAGCUGGGCAUCCCCUACUAUGAGACCAGCGUGGUGGCCCAGUUCGGGAUCAAGGAUGUCUUUGACAAUGCCAUCCGGGCUGCGCUCAUCUCCCGCCGCCACCUGCAGUUCUGGAAGUCCCACCUCCGCAAUGUGCAGCGGCCUCUGCUGCAGGCGCCCUUCCUGCCUCCCAAGCCCCCACCCCCCAUCAUUGUGGUGCCUGACCCCCCCUCCAGCAGUGAGGAGUGCCCCGCCCACCUCCUGGAGGACCCGCUCUGCGCGGACGUCAUCCUGGUGCUGCAGGAGCGGGUGCGCAUCUUUGCCCACAAGAUCUACCUCUCCACUUCCUCCUCUAAGUUCUACGACCUGUUCCUCAUGGACCUGAGUGAGGGGGAGCUGGGGGGCCCCUCGGGGUCAGGGGGCCCCCGCCCAGAGGACCACCGGGGCCACCCUGAUCAACACCACCACCACCACCACCACCAUGGGCGGGACUUCCUGCUUCGGGCAGCCAGCUUUGACGUGUGCGAGAGUGUGGACGAGGCCGGGGGCUCUGGUCCUGCUGGCCUCCGGGCCUCUACCAGCGACGGGAUCCUACGGGGUAACGGAACAGGGUACCUGGCAGGCAGGGGUCGUGUGCUCUCUUCCUGGAGCCGAGCUUUUGUGAGCAUCCAGGAAGAAAUGGCAGAAGAUCCUCUGACCUACAAAUCCCGGCUAAUGGUGGUGGUCAAGAUGGACAAUUCCAUCCAGCCGGGGCCCUUCCGGGCUGUUCUCAAGUACCUGUACACGGGGGAGCUGGACGAGAACGAGCGGGACCUCAUGCACAUUGCCCACAUUGCUGAGCUGCUAGAGGUCUUUGAUCUGCGCAUGAUGGUGGCCAACAUCCUUAACAACGAGGCCUUCAUGAACCAGGAGAUCACCAAGGCCUUCCAUGUCCGCCGGACCAACCGGGUUAAGGAGUGCUUGGCCAAAGGCACCUUCUCAGAUGUGACCUUCAUCCUGGAUGAUGGCACCAUCAGCGCACAUAAGCCCCUAUUGAUUUCCAGCUGUGACUGGAUGGCUGCCAUGUUUGGGGGGCCGUUUGUGGAGAGUUCCACCAGGGAGGUGGUGUUUCCAUACACAAGCAAGAGCUGCAUGAGGGCUGUGCUGGAAUACCUCUACACUGGCAUGUUCACCUCCAGCCCCGACCUGGAUGACAUGAAGCUCAUCAUCCUGGCCAACCGCCUCUGCCUGCCACACCUGGUUGCCCUGACAGAGCAGUACACAGUGACCGGGCUGAUGGAAGCAACUCAGAUGAUGGUGGACAUCGAUGGGGACGUCCUUGUGUUCCUGGAACUGGCUCAGUUCCACUGUGCAUACCAGUUGGCCGACUGGUGUCUCCACCACAUCUGUACCAACUACAACAAUGUGUGCCGCAAGUUCCCCCGAGACAUGAAGGCCAUGUCCCCAGAAAAUCAGGAGUAUUUCGAGAAGCACCGGUGGCCGCCCGUGUGGUACCUGAAGGAGGAGGAUCACUAUCAGCGGGCACGGAAGGAGCGCGAGAAGGAGGACUACCUCCACCUGAAACGGCAGCCCAAGCGGCGGUGGCUGUUCUGGAACAGUCCCUCCUCGCCGUCCUCCUCCGCAGCUUCCUCGUCAUCCCCGUCUUCCUCCUCAGCUGUGGUCUGAGAUGCUGCCACCCUCUCCUGACCCUGCUGCUGUUGUCCCCAUCAGCCCCUGCCCCUCUGCUCUUCUGCGUCACCCUCUCCACCUUACAGGGCCAAGGGGACCCACGUAACCAGGACCCAAAGGGCGGAGCUGUUCUCACCAGCCACGUGGCUCAGCCAGAAAGGAGCCGGGCCCUGCGGAUCAGAACAGGGACCACCUGCAGAGGUCGCCAGCUCCAAAGCAGGGCAGGGGACAACCGCG